AAAAUUAUUUCGAUUGUGCAGCUUGCAGUUUCAUUUGAUACCCUAGAGCUUUCCCUUGCGCUUGACGGAGCGCGGGAAAGUGAAAAAUGUCAGUGGGAAAAAUGGUCGAACAGCUUUACUCCCGCUAUCGCUUGCACAUUACACACUCUCCCUUUCACUGCUUCUUCUCACCACUCUCAACCCACACUCUACAACAAGAGCAAGAGCAAGAGCAAGACCCUCACUCUCUCAUCAAGCAAGACCCUAUUCAAAUCUGCACCUCUCUUUGGGUCAAAACCUUCUCUUCUCCCAACACCAUAUCAUUCCCCAACCUCACCGGUUUCCUCUCCAACUUCGACCUCUGGCUCUUCGCUUACCAACGCUCAUGUGCACACGCCACUGGCACUUUCCCUCCCCGUAACGCCGUUCACUCCCACGUUCUCCACCACCUCCUGUCCCUUCGAAACGCCGUUAUUCGCGGUCGUUUUUCCUGGAACGACAAGACCCACCAAUUACUUUGCAGCCCCAACGACACUGUCGUUUCCAAGCCUCUCUCGAAACGCAAACUCCAAGCCCUUCUCGAAUCUAACGAGCCAUGUUUUCAGGACAGGGUGGUUCAGGAGGUUCUCUUGAUGAUUCUCGAGCCGAUUUUCGAAGCACGGUUUUCCGCCAAAUCGCAUGCGUUUCGACCCGGGCGAAGCGCCCACACGGUUAUUCGAACGAUUCGGAGUAACUUCGCGGGUUAUUUGUGGUUUUUGAAAGGGGAUUUGAGUGAGAUUUUGGAUGAUGUGGAUCGAGAUGUUGUGAUGCGUUGCGUUGAAAAGGGUACGAGGGAUAAGAAAGUUUUGAGCUUGAUCAAAUCCGCGCUUGUGGGUCGCGUGUUGCGGAAAGAAGAAAAUGGUGAGGAGUUGAAGAAGGAUAAGAAGAGGAGAGCUACUAAGAAAAGGAUUCUCAAGGAGAAUGAACCAAAACCUGAUCCGUAUUGGUUGAGAACAUUCUUUAGUUUUGCUCCUGAGGAGGCUGCUAAGGUACCCUCUUAUGGUCAUUGUGGAAUUUUAAGUCCAUUGCUUGCUAAUGUUUGUCUUAAUGAGUUGGAUCAUAUGAUGGAGGAAAUGAUCGUGGAGUUUUUCAGGCCUUGUAAGUUUGAUUCGAUAUGGAAGUAUUCGAUUGAUGAUGGAUGUCAUAAUCCUGCGUGGCCGGAGUUUGUUCCGUCCAGUGGGAAGGAAAAAACUAGGAAGAUGGAUUACAUAAGAUAUGGGGGUCAUUUUUUGAUUGGGAUCCGAGGGCCGAGGGAGGAUGCCAUGGAAGUGAGGAAGAAAAUUGUUAAAUUUUGUGAGAGUGCGUUUGGGGUAAGGUUGGAUAAUUCCAAGUUGGAGAUUGAGCAUAUUACCAGGGGGAUACAAUUCUUGGAUCAUAUAAUAUGCCGAAGGGUGAUACACCCAACCCUGCGUUACACGGGUUCAGGAGGUAACAUUGUGAGUGAAAAGGGUGUGGGAACUUUGCUUUCCGUUACUGCUAGCUUGCAACAAUGCAUUCGCCAGUUUAGGCGGCUUGAGCUUCUGAGGGGUGAUAAGGACCCUGAGCCGCUUCCGUGUACUCCUAUGUUGUAUUCAGGUCAAGCUCAUACGAACUCCCAAAUGAAUAAGUUUCUUGAGACUAUGGCUGAUUGGUAUAGAUAUGCUGAUAAUCGCAAAAAAGUGGUUGGCUUUUGUGCUUAUGUCGUUCGAAGCUCUUUAGCUAAGUUGUAUGCUGCAAGGUAUAGGCUGAAGUCCCGUGCCAAAGUGUAUGGAAUAGCUUCACGGAAUCUCAGCCGUCCUUUGAGGGAGAGCAGUAACAACUCUGCACCCGAAUAUUCAGAUCUUUUGAGGAUGGGGCUGGUUGAUGUAAUUGAAGGUGUUCAGUUUUCACACAUGUCUUUGAUUCCAUCUUGUGAUUAUACUCCAUUCCCAAGAAACUGGAUUCCAGAUCAUGAAAGGGUGUUGCAUGAGUAUAUUAAACUUGAAAAUCCCAAGUUUUUUUGUGAGUUGCUCAGAUCUAUUAAGCAAAAAGGCGUAAAUCUUCCUCAAGAUGAAAUAUCUCAAAUGGUAUGGGACUACAAAACUUUUGGGGUUCGUUAUUUUCAGCCUAACAGAGAAGAUAGAGAAAUAAAACCUGAUUUAAAGGAGAUAAAUGGGUAAACUUGGCACUGAUCCAAAAUUAGUGGAAUCUUCCAGUAUCAAGGUUCUGCUUCCAAAUUCAUGAUCUCGUAGGGAAAAAGGUUACAUGCAUUGUUGAGCCAUAUUUUUGUUGAGUAUUUGAGUGUAAAAGUCCUUCAAAUACUAUUCUAGUAACAAAUGUGAGUCCACGUUGAAUUAUCUACAUAAAUGGUAGAUUGCGUCCAUUGGAAGGGUGCGUGGCUCAGAUGGCAGUGAUGUCAUUAACCACCCAGUACUGACAAUUUAGAACACGACAACAGAUUUCAAUUACUUAAAAAAGAAUAUUAAUGAAGUAUUCAAGAGGAACUUUUUACGUGGGAUAUCGGGAAGUGGAAGGUCUCUUUUGGAAUAGGAAGAGGCAAUUUCAUCUACUAGUAAAUUUUAACUGCUGUGGGCUAAAUUUGUUGGACAUCAGUUGUUGAUAGUCUAUAAUCUGUAAUAGCUGAAAUUCAUAGACGUUCAGAUUCUUUCCAUGAUCAAUAUAUUGUAUUGG